GGUCGCACAUUAAAAAUUCUCCACCGAGUGAAUUUGUAAUAAAAUAUAAAUAUAACACCACAAAGAACCCAGAGCAACAUUGAGACAUGGCCAACUUGAUGCAGAGAAGCCUGCCACUGGCUAGCAUACGCAGUCCGGUGCUGCAGUUCCUCCGUUUCCGUGGAAAAAUCAAUAUACAACGUCCAAAGGAGCCACAUUAUGAGCGAGCCCGUGUGAUUGCCGUCACACAACCCAAGUACCCGGAGCUGCCGAAGGCACGCUCGUGCUUCAAGACCCGCGCAGAACGCACACAGGAACAGCUAGUGAAUCCCUACAACGAGAUCAUUGCCCGUGAAGUACGAAACUGGCUGAAUCACUCGCAGCUGGUGGCCAUCUUCCACAUGAACUCCAUUAGCUCUGAAGAGGUCUUUCGGGUGCGCGUCCAACUGCACAAACAGAACCUGCAUUUGAAGUCGUACGGCCGCAAGAUCAUUAACCAGGCCGUGACCGGCACGCAGUAUGAGGCCAUCAUGCCACUCUUCCACUCGAAUCACUGCAUUGUGUUCUCCCCAAACCAGCAGCAGAUUGGCCAACUACUGAAGAUCACACGCAGAGUGCCGCAGAUGGUGCUGCUGGGUGGCAUUGUGGAGCAGACGCUGCUCAGCCGAAAUGAGCUGGUGGCCUAUGCACAAAUGCCAGGACUACAAGGGGCUCAGGCACAGCUCGUGCAAACCCUGAACAUGGCAGCUGGCCAACUGGUGCAGCAUCUGCAGGCGCAUCAGGGCAAUCUUGUGCAGGUCCUGGACGUGCACGUCAAGGGCACCAGCAAUGGCAACAGCACAGAGACGACGGACGAGUCAUAAUAUUGUAAUUGUUAAAUAACAAGAAAAGCAAAAAAGUGA